AUGGCAAGAGAAAGUCAAGUCCCCCAACCAGGCCCUGCCCGCCUAUCGCCUGGUGCCGGCCCCGACGAAUGGCUCGAACAGGCCAAGCAGUGUAAAUACCUGCCCGAAGCAGACAUGAAGCGCUUGUGCGAGAUAGUCAAAGAGUGUCUGAUGGAGGAGUCCAACAUCCAACCAGUCAACACUCCCGUCACGGUGUGUGGUGACAUUCACGGCCAAUUCUACGACCUGCUGGAGCUCUUUGCCGUUGCCGGCGGCAUGCCAUGCGACAACAACCCCAAUGAACCUCAAUCAGAAGCUCCGAAGCCUGAACCUGCCAAAUCACCACUACCCAAGGGCUUCUCCGCCGCCGAUAUCGAGCCCCCAUCCCAGAUCAAUGACCCCCGCGUCAAGCGCAAGAUGAAGCGACGCUUCCAAAAGGACAGUGCAUACACUUCUUCUGCUUCGAAUGCGUCCGAUGAUGCUGGCGACGACUUUGAGGGAGAUGACGGCCAAGAAGGAAGCGAACUAAGAGGUCGCGUGAGGAGUCGCAGCAGCGGCUCAGACCACAGAGGCCCUGCUGGAGGCGGUGACGUCGACGAAUCAGACCAAGAAGAUUACGACGACGACAGCGAUAGCGGUUUAGGCGGUAGUCCUGGAGCAUCCCGGAAAAAGCAACCUGGCUCCAGCAGUAACAACAACGGAAAGCAGAAUUUCAUCUUCCUGGGCGACUUCGUGGACCGCGGAUACUUCUCCCUGGAAACUUUUACCUUGCUCAUGUGUUUGAAAGCAAAGUUCCCCGAUCGCAUCACUUUGGUACGCGGAAACCACGAGUCUAGACAAAUCACCCAGGUUUAUGGUUUCUACGAAGAGUGUCAGACCAAAUAUGGAAACGCUUCGGUGUGGAAGUCCUGCUGUCAGGUUUUUGACUUUCUUGCACUUGCCGCCAUCGUAGACGGCAAAGUGCUGUGCGUUCACGGCGGCUUGAGUCCUGAGAUUCGUACUCUGGAUCAGAUUCGUGUUGUCGCAAGAGCACAGGAGAUCCCACACGAGGGCGCUUUCUGUGACUUGGUAUGGAGUGAUCCGGAAGAAGUCGACACAUGGGCCGUCAGUCCCAGAGGUGCUGGCUGGCUAUUUGGUGACAAGGUUGCAACAGAGUUUAAUCACGUCAAUGGCCUACAACUUAUUGCUCGUGCGCAUCAACUGGUUAACGAAGGCUACAAAUACCACUUCAAGAACCAAGAUGUCGUGACCGUCUGGUCGGCACCAAAUUACUGCUACCGUUGUGGUAAUGUUGCCAGUAUCAUGACGUUAGGCGAGGAUCUCGAGCCAGACUUUACAAUCUUCUCCGCUGUGCCGGACCACAAACGUGCCGUCCCCGCAGGCAGAGGAAGGACAGGAGAGUACUUUUUGUAA